UUAUUUAUAGAUAUUUUUAAAUUCUUAAAAUUUUAUUAUUUUGCUGCACUAACUCUGUUCAAUCAAAAUCAUUCAUUACUCACUUCACUAUCCCCAAUAAAAUACAAUGAACUUUUUAUGAAUAAUUGGUUUAAUACAAGCAUCAGACAUUAAUAGUGGAUUUAAAAAAAGCUUUUCCGUUACAAUAACAUUUAAAGACUAAUUUAUUCACUUUCUCUUUCUCUGCCUGACCGAUUUCGUAUCGAUUACAGCACGGAGUUUGUAGUUGUACUCCCCUAAAGUACACACACAUCGAUUUAUAUGGACAUCUACCACAACCUCAGUGCAUCCCGUACUGUGGCAAUCCCGUCUUAGCUAUGUCCUAUUGCUAUUUGAUCCAAGGAAAAUGUCUGACACUGCGAAGUGAUCUUCCUUACGAAAUGCAAUACGUUUGCGAAUUCGAUUGCAAACCCGUCUGUAUAACGCCCUGCCCACCCAAAGUUUCCUGUGAUUCCCAUGGAACGUCUUGUCCACCGAUCGCCAUAUGCCCUACUUAUUUGAAUACGAAAUCUUGUGAACGACGUCAAGCGCUAUCCUAUCCACCUGCCCAAGCUGCAUCGCUGUGUCAAUCCUGUCCACUUAAUUCAGAAACGAUGUACCAGGGAGCAAUGUGUCAACCAAAUGUCCAAAGAAACGAAUUGAACCCGCGCGCCUGACAAUACGUCAAGUUACGAGAUAUUUAUGUGAUAUGAAGAUUUACGAGGACCAUUCCUGUAUGGCGAGUCGUUAAUCUCGUCAUCGAUCUUAAGUCGGUUUUUACUAUCGUUUUAUUCAAUUUAUUUUUCAUAGUUCUAUGUUUAUUUGACUAAUGUAUAUAUU